CUCGUGGACGAGGGGCGUGAGGGCAGGCGCCGCUGUUAGCUGCUCCUAGCUGUGGGGAGUCGGCCUGUGCUGACGCCGUGCGACGCCUGCUCACCGGUACUGGUGCCAGCUGAGCUCUGCUGAUCCGUGCUCGUGUCUGACGCUCCAGCCAUGCCGUCCGUGUUUGGAUAUUGGACGAUACGGGGUCUGGGCCAGGUCUGCAGGUUCAUGCUGGAGUACACCGGCGAGGAGUACCAGGACGACCGCUAUGACGCGACCAACCCUGAGAAGUGGCAGGAGGUGAAGACCAAGAACCCACACGGCCUUGCGUUCCCGAACCUGCCGUACUACGUGGACGGCGAUGUGAAGAUGUCGCAGAGUGCGGCGAUCAUACGCCACCUGGCGAGAAAGAACGACAUGGUCGGCACCUCAGACCACGAAACCCGGCAGCUGGAGAUGCUCGAGGGAGUGAUUUGGGACCUGCGCGUGUGGCUGGCCUUCCUUUGCUACGGCACCGAAGAGUCUUUCAACCAGACGCUGCCGGCCAUGAAAGAGCGCGUCUCCAACUGCUUCAAGCAGCUCAGCGACUACCUCGGCUCCAACAAGUGGUUCCUCGGCGAUCGCAUCACCUACGUGGACUUCCUCUUCUACGACGUGUUCACCAACUGGCACGACCUGGACUCGCACCUGCUGGAUGCCACUGAGAACCUGCGCACCUUCCGCCAGCGUUUCGAGGCUCUACCCGCCAUCAAAAGCUACAUGACCUCGGACCGGUUCAUUAAGUGGCCCAUCAACCUUCCCUCCGCCUUCUGGGGCGGCAAGUAGGGCUGGCCGGGAUCGCCGCGACGGCUGAUCACUCGCCGACUUCGGGGACGAGCCGCCGGCCACCCGGGGGUGGGAUGGGGACGCUGCCAGGGAGGAGGAGGCAGCCUCGCGAUUGACCGCCCGAAGGAAGGGAAGUGGCUUUGAUUGGCUUCUAGUGUUACGUUUGUCGACUUCCUGUUUAUGUGAAAGAUCUUGUUAUGUGUAAAUGAAACUGCAUGAAAUUGUGUAUCGAAAAAACGAAUAUGGACAUGAAUUCCAGCAUGCCGAACCUAUGAUAUAAUUGCUUUGUUUGUCACCCCUUCAUGCUACAUUGAAUCAAUACGAUGCCAAAGUGUAAAACGGCUUUAAUAUGUUCCUCUGCAACACUGUAGCACAUUUCUGUCGAUACUCUUGCGAAUAAGAAAAGCAUCUUGAG